CUCGCGAACCUUGAACGUAAACGGUGCCAUUGGAGCGGCAAUUGAAUAGAUCCUCUGGCCCUCCGGUAUUCUUUGUCUCCUUGGUUAAUAAAAAAAAUCAAUAUUCUUUCUUUUUCUUAACGAAAAAAAUAAAGAAAAAUCAAAAAAAGACAAUUUCACAAUAAAUCAGAAAAGUGCCUGAAAAUAAAGGGAAAACAAAAACAUCCAAAAAUAUAAAAUCAUAAAUUUUUGACAAACGGUGAUGCUUGGAGAAUUUUAAAUAAUCCUUAAUAAAUAAAAAUCAAUCAAAGGAAAAAAAAAAGAACAAAAUAUAAAUAAAAUUUGAAAUGUUUAAUUCGUUUAAAAUCAGCCUUAUUGGGCUGUUGUUAUUGCAUUCGGCAUGCACGUUGAGGGCUGAAAGUCUAGACAUUGACGAAAAGCCAGCAGGCGAUGUCACGACAGCCAAAGAUGAUGUUGAAUCAAAAGUCGCUGACAUUUCAUUGACAAAUGUCAAUGACGAAAAAGUUGUCACCAAAAUUCAAACUCAAAAUGAGCAGCUGACAUUUGAUCAAAUGCCUUUGAUUGUGGAAGAAAAGGAGGGAAUUCUAAAAGAAAUUGUGGCAGAGGGAAAGGAGGAAAAGCCUUCGCAAGACAAGGAGGAAAAUCCUUCACAAGUUAAGGAGGAAAAUCAUUCGCAAGACAAGGAGGAAAAUGAAGCUCCUCCAUCACCACUGAACGAAAACAACGGCCACGAGACCUCCCUAAAUCGCACAAGUCGACAACUGUUCUAUAGUCCGAAUUUCUUCUACAUUCAAAAUAUCGGUGCCGAGGGAUCGCGGUGUAUAACAUCUCGCGGUCUGGUGGGUAUUUGUAUGGGUUUUGAUCGGUGUGCCCUGGAAAGUGGUAACCAACGUCGUCGUCGUCAUUUGACAUACUACAGUUUGGCACAAUAUCCCUAUUUUACACCCUACAUUCAGCCACAACCUCAAUCCGAUGAAUUGUGUACCUAUUUCGAUCAAUAUGCUCGCACAAGUUCUGGGGUAUGCUGUACUAGCAUUGACAACAUUAUACCCAUUGUACCAGGCGAAACGCCAACAUUUCAACCAGGUUUGACCCCAAUUCCCUCAUAUCCAAAUCCCACUCCAGCCCAACCUGAAGCUACCACCACUGUAAAACCAGAAAAUGAUGAACCUUCCAAGGAUGUCACCAUGGAUCCCAUGGAUGUUAUCAAGGAAACGGAAAGCUCUGAAGACUCGGAUGUCAUUGAACCUCCUGCCAAUUUCAACUAUGAGCCGGAACCUCCCAAAUAUGAUGAACCCUCCUCGCAAGAGGGUAAUAAUAUCGGCUACGAUCCCAUCGAUGAGAGUUUGAAACAGGCCCCCAACUACAACAACUUUAUACGCUACCCCUGGCCCUCACAAUUUGUGGGAUUCUCGGGAGUACAACAAUGGCCACCACCAUUGCCAACCCAUCCCCCAUCGGCCCAACAAUGGCCUCCACCGUUGCCCACACAUCCACCCAAUCAUCAUUAUCCCACACAUCCCCCUUCGACAAUUGGAGGACAAUUUGUUCCAGUCACAACCAAGAGACCCAUAACCACUUUGACCACCAAGCGGCCAACAUACCCCACCUAUAGGCCAGUGACAACAACUACUACCACCACCACAACUCGAAGACCACCAAGUUCAUCGGGCAGUGGUACAUCAUCGAAUGGUCUGCCCCUACAAUGUGGCGUAAUUGGCCCAGAUCAGGAACGCAUUGUGGGCGGUACCAAUGCCAGUCCCAAUGAAUUCCCUUGGAUUGCUGUUAUCUUCAAGUCGGGCAAGCAAUUUUGUGGUGGUAGUUUGAUAACGAAUAACCAUGUUUUGACUGCGGCUCAUUGUGUUGCAAGAAUGACUUCCUGGGACGUUGCUGCAAUGACAGUUCAUUUGGGCGACUAUAACAUUCGCACCGACUACGAAGUGCAACACAUCUCACGAAGAGUCAAGCGUUUGGUGAGACACAAAGGCUUUGAUUUUAGUACUUUGCACAACGACAUCGCUAUCUUAACCCUUAGUGAACCGGUGAAAUUUACCAAGGAAAUACAACCGAUUUGUUUGCCCACCUCACCGACCCAGCAGAGGAGUUCGUACAGUGGUCAAAUUGCCACCGUUGCUGGGUGGGGUAGUUUGCGAGAAAAUGGUCCACAACCCUCGAUUUUGCAAAAGGUACAAAUUCCCAUUUGGAAUAAUGCUGAGUGUGCCGCUAAAUAUGGAAGAGCUGCCCCGGCGGGUAUUAUUGAGUCGAUGGUUUGUGCCGGUCAAGCGGCCAAGGAUUCUUGUAGUGGUGACUCUGGCGGACCCAUGAUUGUCAACGAGGGCGGUCGUUUUGUCCAGGUGGGCAUUGUUUCGUGGGGCAUUGGUUGCGGUAAGGGUCAAUAUCCUGGUGUUUAUACUCGAGUUACUUCUCUGUUGCCUUGGAUCUAUAAGAAUAUCAAAUAAUGGGGACCACGAUGCGGAGGAACGAAAUUCUAUGACGAAGUUUGAAAUAGUAGAGAAAUAAUAUGUAAUGACGAAUUUUUUAACGAAUCAUAUUGGACAUAAGUUAAGAGUGAUAUUUUGUGAAAUAAAUAAGUAAAUACAUUUGUAUUGUGUAAUAAAAAUG